GGUAUUCAGUACCUCACUCAUCCUAUAACUUGAUUUUCUAAAUUUCAUGCCAUUGGCCCAUUUGACUUACUUCCCUUCGUUCAUUCCAUAUUCUCUGGUCUUAUUAGAAGACAAAAACAACAACAACGAAAGGAAGAAGAAAAUUUUAAAAAAUUCAAAAACAAAACCACCAUCCACUAUCCUCUCGCUCGGGCCACUUUUAAACUGCGUGCUUAUAACAAGCCAAUACCGGUGUUUUGUUUUUGUUAUUUUCUAACCGUCGUUUCUGCUACCUCGCCGUGCUCUCUUUCACUGCCUCACCUUUUCUGUUGUAUUUUGUUUUAAUUGUAUAUUAUUAUUCCAAGGUGCAAACAAAUGGCGGAAGAGACAAAAAUUAUCGAACCUUCUAGUGGUGCUGACCAAACAGCGUGCAAUAAAUGUUCACAGGAUGGUGAAAGUUCUGUGAAAGACUGUGACCAAUGCCAACCAGUGCCAAAGCAAUUAUCUUCUGAUAUUGUAAAUUCUCCCUCAGAACCUGAUGUGUUGCAGUCAUAUAAACAGAAAGCAUGGUACCAGAAAUUUGUAAUUGUGCUUGAUAGCGAGGAUGAGGAUGGAAGUGAUAAAGAAUGUAGUGAUUGUGAUAGUGGUUAUAAUGAAUGGAACGAGGAAAAUAAUGAAAACACCAGUGAUAGUAAACCAAAUUCUCUUCCUUCUUCAAUCGAUCCCAAAGAACUUGAGGCUUUGGAAGAAUUGUUCAAAAACACAGAUUGGAUGGGUUCUGGAUUAAAACAAUCUUGUGAAGAAUAAAUAUUUCACUGCAUUGGGUUAUACAAAUCCACUUCAUCAAACAGUAUUUUCUUCCUUUACAAUGGCCCCAACUGUAUAUUCUACCAAGAACUCAUCUCAGUCCAUUCAUCACACAGAAAAAAGAGGCCCUCCUUCCAAUUUCCUCACAUCUAUUACACAUGAUUUGAUUUGGGAGAAUGUCUUUCAUUCAAGAGAAGAGGAAUUUUUUAAAAUUUUAGAUAAACUAAUUAUUCCAUGAAGAUAUUUUCAUUAUUCAUUCCAAAUAAAUGUAUAUAAUUUUAAAUUUGAACAUUGUCUCUGCUAAUAAUGAUGAUGGAAGGUAUAUAACAAAACUCUAAUUUUGAAAUGUACAGUAAGCACUGCAGUGCAUCACAAAAUUGUCAGAAUAACUGGUUGUUUUUUUCUAAACAAAAUAAUUUGUGCAUAUUUAAAACUAACUUGCAUUUUAAUUAUUUUUAAAAAAUAAAUUCAACAUCUAAAUCAUGGUUUAUAAAAUUUA